AUGGCAAUGGUGCGUACAAGAGGAUCAGACGGUAGAAUUAAGCAUAACAGAGGACGUGGAGAGUCUCGGCGACAUCAGGAGGAGCCGGAACACGAUGAGCUGCCGCCAGUGCAUGAGGAGCAGGUUGAGGAGCAGGUUGAGCAGCAGGCUGUGCAGGAGGGUUGGCCUGGAGGGCCGAUCGAUACGAGUCUUUUGACUCGAUACGAGCAUGGUUUGAAACGUGCCGAAGGUGACAAAAUUGAGCUACGAAUAGCAUCUUUAGGAAAAAAGUUAGCUGACAGGAUUCCUGAUCACCAUCCUGAAGUUAUUCAAGGGUGGUUGAAUAUUUCGGGGUUGUGCUGGCUUGAGCGGACUAGCUUGAAACUUACCGAUCCGCAGCUUAUAUCUGCAUUUGUUGAGAGGUGGCACCCUGAGACGUCGUCAUUUCACAUGUCGUUCGGCGAGAUGACUAUUACUUUGGACGAUGUGGCAUGUCUUCUGCAUCUACCUGUUAGGGGUCAGUUUUAUACUCCUGUAUCAGUUUCUCAGGAACAAGCUGCGAAACUUGCAGCUGAGUUGUUAGGAGAGGAGUAUGAAUUUGCAUUGCGAGAGACUGUAGCGCAGAGGGGUGGUUAUUUUUCACAGCAGUGGCUAUAUGAGAGUUAUAUGAGGAAUGUCAAUUUCUACUGGAAAUAUGACUGCGCAGCUAGGGCAUAG